UUUACGUCAAAUCCUUCCAAGCGGCGGAUGUUAUUGGAAAACUGGGACCACAACCGUGAACGUGCGAGCUAGAAAUCCUCGAAAAGUUGUCAAACCUGAUAUUUCGACAAACGCCGUGGAUACGAAAGAAACACAGUGAUUCGUCUCGUGAGGGAAAAGUCGCUUCUCUGGCCUCCUUUCAGGGACCCAUCAUGUCCAGUGACCCUCCUCCUCCAUACCCCGGGGGCCCUAAUGCUCCGCUCCUCGAGGAGAAGAACGGACAACCUCUGCAUUCUGCAGCCACUGCUCCAGUAAUGACCGGACCUCCUCAAGGACACCCUCUGCCUCCAGAAUAUGGACCUCCACCUUAUGAAGCCACACAGCAACCUGGCUUUGUCCCUCCACACGUCCCAGGCGAAGGUCCCAUCCCGAAGCCUAUGCAUAUGCCAAUGCCCAUGCCUCAUCCUCACGGUGGUUACUAUCCUCCUCUUGGGCACUUUCCUCAUCCAAUGGGCGAGUAUGCUGGUCCAGGACCCAGUCACUUUGCUCCAGGGCACACAGCCACAGUUCUGGCCCCUCCAGGUGCCGCCACCACCGUGACUGUCCUACAGGGAGAGAUGUUUCAGUCGGCUCCAGUGCAGACCGUUUGCCCACACUGCCAACAGCCCAUCAUCACCCGAAUCAGCCACGACAUCGGCCUCAUGAACACUCUUGUCUGCAUGUUCUGCUUCUUCGUUGGUUGCGACCUAGGUUGCUGCUUGAUCCCCUGCUUGAUCGACGACCUCAAGGACGUGACGCACACCUGCCCGAACUGCAAGGGCUAUAUUUACACAUACAAGCGCAUAUGCUAACAGUUUAUCCCUUCAACAAAUGUGCUGCGACCUGAUGCUGGUGGGUGUCGGCGACUCACUUUCAUUUCCGUCCGCUCCGCUUUCACCUUCCGCCUACCUGACAGCUCGUAUUUCUAGCCAUUGCUCAGUUUAUGUGACCGCGUUUAAUUUACAGGCACAUUUUAUAGGUACCGAUGCACGUCAAAUGAAGGAUUCACUUAAGGAGGCACAUUUUAUAUGCAUGAUGGUCAGGGUUACAUCAAAACACUAUUUUUUUUAUUUACUAUUUUAGCUGUGAAGUGUAUAUGUGAAAGGGAAUAUGUGAAAAGAGGCUUGCGUAACAAAACUAAGUGAGUUUCAUUCAGGGUCAGUAUUGCUGGAUUCUUAAUUUAUGCAUUAGAGUUUUAUUUUAACCUUAAAAUGGAAUUUUUUCAUUGCUGGUUUUGAAGACAUCGCUUAUACCUCUCUGUGUCUCUGUGUGUGGCAUUUUAUGCAAAUGUUAUGGAAAUGUAUUUUCCUUUUUUAGUUUUACUUUCAAUCUCUUGUCUGGAUUUGAUAUGCUUGUCUAUGUAACCUGCAUUGUUGUGCGGACGUGUCAUUUCUAGAUGAAGGGUUUCUAUUUAUAAGGCAUAUAUAAUGUAUGCCAAUCCAGCCUGAUCUCACGAGAAAAUGGAAGUAUUUUAAGUUUUGUCAGUUUAGUGGCUAAUUCGUAUGAAUUUGUGCGAGUUCAGUUGCAUGAAAAUGUAUGAUUUUAAAAAGGAGCUGUGGCACCCAACCCCACACUAACCCAACCGUCAUUGGGUGAUGAGCAAAUCGUACCAAAUUGUACGAAUUAGAUUGUAUGAAUUCAUACGAAGUGAAGUUUAUUUAUAAACUAAUUUCAAGAGGAUGACGUGCUUAUGAUUGCUUGCGGCUGGUCCCGCAUUAUUCAAUUAAUGAUUGACCAAUCAGACGAUUCCUAAGCCACUAUGAAUACCCUAAGUUCCAUAUAACAACCAUCUUCGUUUUAAAGAAUCCCCCCUUCCACCCCAACUUCUCCUCCUUUCCUAGAUGGGUGGCACGAUGGCCCAGUGGUUAGCACUGCUGCCUCACAGCAAGAACGUCACUGGUUCUAGUCCUUACCAAGCCAGCCAAUGUUUUUGUGCAGAGUUUACACGUUCUCCCCAUGCUCACUUGGGUUUCCCCUGGGUUCCCCGGUUUCCUCCCACCGUCCAAAAACAUGCAAGUUAAUUGACUAAUCCAAAUCGGCACCAUAGACAUGCUCCUAGUAAGUAGUUAUCUCUUAAGAGCAAUCACUACUUGUUCAUUAGCUUCUACAGUAGGGGAGUUCUCGAGAUCUUCCUGAGCUCAAACUCCCCUCUCUGCCUGCAGACGGGAGGGAGCCCCAGGCUCGAGGAUCUUAUGAUCUCAGGGCUCUCUCCUGGGACAGCAUGCCAGACAAGCUUUAUAAUCAAUCAUCAGCUCAGUGUGAACUCUUGAAUUAGCCACUAAAUCAAAAAGUUACGAACUGCCGUGAGAUUGCGUUGGCCAAUCUGAAUCUGCUUUUAUUGAUUUAGAGACACUAAAUAGCCUUCGUUAAAGCUUGUGGCGUUUUAAUAUGCCACGCGGUUCAUGUUAGGGUCGAUAUUUGUGGAAUGCAAACCAAUAUACAGAGAAUUUAAUUUCAACUGUGAAUCGAAGCUAUAGCCACGGUGCUUUUCAAAACCUCUCUACUUAGCUGUUCUGUGUUGUCGAUAAGCUGUGUAAACUGGGACUUGUGUAAACCGUCAUCUGUUAUCCAGGUCGGUUCGUUAGGUAGGUCAGUGUUUGCUACUAUAAUGACUGAUGUAGAAGCAUCUACAGGCAUUUAUUCUUGCCAGCUUUGCUAACAGGACGUGUUUAGAAGUGGCUGUUGCGUUACUUUCAGAUUCUACUAGCCGUAGUGUUGUUGUUGUUGUCUUCAAAAAAAAAAAAAAGGGAAGAAUUGUCUGGUUUUUCUGUUGAAGUUGAUCAGCAUGAUGAAGCACACCGCAGGGCAUCGCUGUAAUCUUGCUUAUUUUUUUUAGGCCAUAUGUGCAUCAGUGUGUCACGCUGGGCUGCUUUCUGAACUGGCCUUCAGAAGUCAAAGCAGAUUAACUAUGCGCUUAUUAAUACUGUGUGCAACAAGCCGUGAGGAUUUAAAGGAUGAUCGUCCUUGUUUUUCCUUUCUUAUUUUUUUUUUUUCUUCACGGUCAGAUUGUAUCAUCCAAAGAGAUUGUUUCCUUUUUUUUCUGCCUGCAAAAAUGUGAACUCUUAAGUCAUGUUGUUCUGUUCCUUUACUGAUGAAAUGGUACGAACUCAAUUUAAAAGCACCUAUACUACACUCACCGGCCACUUUAUUAGGUACACCUUUCUAACUGUUUGUUAACGCAAAUGUCUAAUCAGCCAAUCACAUGACAGCAACUUAAUGCAUUUAGGCAUGUAGACAUGGUCAAGACGAUCUGCUGCAGUUCAAACCGAGCAUCAGAAUGGAGAAGAAAGGUGAUUUCACCAACGUGGCAUGGUUGUUGGUGCCAGACAGGCUGGUCUGAGUAUUUCAGAAACUGCUGAUCUACUGGGAUUUUCACGCACAACCAUCGCUAGGGUUUACAAAGAAUGGUCUGAAAAAGGGAAAAUAUCUAGUGAGCGGCAGAUCUGUGGGCGCAAAUGCCUUGUUCAUGCCAGAGGUCAGAGAAAUAUGGCCAGACUGGUUACAGCAGAUAGAAAGGCAAUAGUAACAACUCGUUACAACCGAGGUAUGCAGAAGAGCAUCUCUGAAUGCACAACACGUCCAACCUUGAGACAGAUAGGCUACAGCAGGAGAAGAAACUAUGAACAGGAAACUACAAUUUAAUAAAAUUGUACAAUAGAAGAUUGGAAAAAACAUUCCUGGUCUGAGUCUCGAUUUUUGCUGUGACAUUCGGAUAGCACGGUCAGAAUUUGGCAUCAACAACAUGAAAAAUCUCUGAAGAAUAGGCCAGUACCUUGUUGAACCACAAAGGAUAAAGGCAGUUCUGAAAGCAAAAGGGGGUGCAACCUGGUACUAGUAAGGUGUACCUAAUAAAGUAUCCAGUGAGUGUAUGUAGAUAUUGUAUUAUGUGUAAGAAUCAUUCGCGAUGGUGUAGUUUGGUUGCAGACAAUUUUCAUUCAGAAAGUGCAGCACGUUGUACAAUUAAAUAUGAAGAAGUGGAAAACAUGCAAUUAAAACAUACAAUAGCACUGUGGCAGUUCAAAAUGGCAUGCAUCUUGCAGGAAAAAUCAUGGCGCCAGCAGUCUCAACUCACUAAUUUUAUGUUUUGGCAAAUUGCUGGCUAAUUUAUGGAAAGCUGUUUGCACCAAUGAUUAAAAAAUAAAAUAAAAAAGGUUAAUGCGACUUUUUAUCUCACAGAGAAUUAAGAGUUCUCACAGUUUUGAUGUAUGAAUCAAUUGCAAGAAUUGUAAGAUAUAAACUUGCAGUUGUCAUAAAAUACUUGUUUGUUUGUUCGUUCCCAAAACCUUAUAUUUUAGUGAGCCCUCUAAAAAGCUCUCUUUAUGUACACUAAAUAGGGCACUUUUUCUAAGCUCGGAUGUUCUCUAUUAAACAAACAUCCAUGCAACAUUCUGUAUUGAUUAGGUUUUGUUUACAAAAAACUAACCUGCAGAGAACAUUCCCGGAAUGGUAUUUGAUUUGGAUGGAAAUGUUCAAUGUUUGCGGUGCAUGUUCGCAUCUCAGUUCUGAGAAUAAUAAUAAAAAAAGAGUCAUUAUUGCGAAAUAUAAACUUGCAAUGGCAAGAAAAGUCAAUAUCGAGAGUAAAGAAGUCGCAAUUACCUUUUUAAAUUUGUAAAUGUUUUAUAUGAUCAAGACUGUUCUACAUUUUCAUGUGAAUGUGAUUGUACAAAUUCAUAGUAGACGCUAACAUGACAAAAUGUAGGUUUCCUGUGAUAUAGAGUUCUUCAAUGCACCGUUGUUCAGAUAAAUCAUCACACAGCUGGUGAAUAUUUAUGAAAUAUAUCCCAACAAAUCUGAAAUCUAAAUCAUUAAUAUUUAUUUUGUCUAUAAUUUAUAGUUAUUGCAUUAAGAUCUCUGAUGUUAAUCAUCUGUCUCCAGUAGACAAUCUGCUAAUGAUAUAGCUCUUCAAGUAAAAGACGUUACAUAUUUUUAUCGUAGUAUUUAUUAUGAAGGGAAGAAAAAGAUGUAGCAAAGCUGUGAAAAUGCAUAUAUAAACCUGCGGUCUCAUUAUACGAUUUGUAAAUUGAUUCAUUUUAAACUAACAAACACCUUAAAUCUUUCCUACUAAAUCAACCUGCACCCCAUAUGCAUUUUUCAGGCAUCACAGAAAUAAAUUAUAGCGGUAGUUUGACCAAAAAUGAAAAUUCUGUCAUCAUUUACUGGCAAAACCUAUUUAAGUUUCCUUUUUCCAUUGAAUACAAAGGAAGAUGUGGAGAAAAAGAAAAAUCAACCAUUGACUUCUAUAGUAUUUUUGUUCCUACUAUGUAUAUCAUCUGCUUUCUCUCCCAACAUUCUUCAAAAUAUCUUUUUUUGUGUUCAAUAGAAAGAAAUUCAUAAAAGUGAGGAAAUUUUCAUCUUUUGUUUGAACUAUCACUUUAAAACCCUCGUUAAAUCAAAAUUCAAAGCACCCUCCAAUAGAAACAAGCAAAAAAAAAAAAAAAAAGACUUCCAUUCAUCCACUAUAACCACAUGCCGUCUGUUUGACUACUGAAAGAUAAUCUCCAGUAAAUAUGUAUGCAUGUUCAUGAGGUUUACUUGCACAACCCAGGCUGGCUCCCUUUAAUCAAAUACGCUCUCGACUAGUAAGUCUACUUGCUUUGUGAAGUGACUUGACGCUGUUUUCCGACAGAGUAGAUGUCAAGCUUGUCGUACGGGAAUGCAGCUGUAGAUAAAUGCCUUGAGAAUAGUCUGUGGCUCUACAGCAGAUGCCGUGCUCAUCCCAAGUCUCAAAUGUGUAUGUUUAACAAAACGUAUGGACUCAUUUGAACAAAUAAAACAAACUGUAUCAAA